CGAGGACCCGCGCGGCGGCGUCGUCGUGCGCGGCACCCUCGCCCUCGUCGCGCGCCUGCUGUCCCGCGUCUACGGGCUGCUGGGCCCGCGCCUCGACUCCGCCAUGGACGACGUCGUCGACCGCGCCCUCGUCGCGCUCGACCACGUCCACGCCCGCAACCCUCGGCCGUCGGUCCGCAACGCGACGCGGGCCGCGCGCGCGCUGCGCGACGAGCGCGCCUGGCGCGGCCUCCUGAGGUACUACGGGGAGACGGACGAGGCCGAGCUCGAGUUCGACGUCGGCACGCGGUUCCUGACGCACCCGGAGGACGGCAGCGUGGAGGUGACGCCGCUGCGGCGCGGGUUCAGGCCGGUGCGCAGCGUGGGGUGGGAUAUACUGCGGCGGGCGCGCGAGGGGGAGCGCGCGAGGUUCCGCCCGGUGGUCUCGGUUGAGGCGGACGCUGGGGAGGAGGGGGAGGGGGAGGAGGGCCGCGCGCCGGCACUGGUGCUCACGAUUCGUGGGGAGUCGCUGGGCGUGACUAGUGCUGCUGUUCUUGAUGCUGCUGCUGCUGCUGCUGUUGAUGCUGCUAUUAAUGCUGCUGUUGCUGCUGCUGCGGCGGCCCCCCCUGCUGCUGACUAUUAUACUGCUGAUGACUAUUAUCCUGCUGAUGAAGAUAUUAUUCCUGCCUAUGCUGCUUAUAAUGUGGGGGCCGGCCUUGAGGUUUUCCAUCAGUAAGUCGAGUUUGACUAGAUCGUCUCAUACAUCGUCAUCAUCAUCAGCAACAACUAGGUACCACAACGGCAUCGGAAUCGGCAUCGGCAUCGGCAUUUUCGGCAUUUUCGGCAUUUUCAGCAGCAUCAGCAUCGUCAUUUACAGCACACAGCGCCGUGCGCGGCGGGGAUUCAGCUACUUAAGGAGUAGGGAUACAUACAUACGCCAGUCCUUCUCCCCCCUGUCCCCCCCUUUUUUUUUUUUUUUUUUUACAUUUUUGGCCUUUUCUCUACAUUGCAUUGCGGGAAGGAGGAUACAUUGCAUGGGAGUGGUUGUCGGGUUUGGCACGUUUUGGAAAUUUGGUCUCAGUUGAUAAUUAACUAAUACCCUUUCUUUUCUUUCAGUAUCGGGUUUUCUUGUUUGAUACCUACUGAAAAGAAAAAGGGGUUAUGGAUCUAAGCGGAGCAUACAGUUUUGGUUGGUUAUCCUGGAAUAAAAAAAAAAUAAAAAAAGCAUAAAAAAACCCAACUGACACUACCUAGAUACCUAGGUAGAUUGACC